AUGGCAGCGCGCGACAGCUGCUGGUGGCUCGGGCCGUGGCAGCAACUCGACCGCGAGUGGCAAACACGCUCUGCACGAGGGCAGGAGCAGCUCGCAAAGGUGGCAGACAGCGUGCAGAAGACCACAUACCUCACGGGGGACCACUGGGGAUCGCUGGCCGACUGCGGACCACUGAAACGUCGGGCGACGUCGCGGUUGUGGGAAUUGGCCCACCGAUGCUGCAGUAGGCUGCAGACGGAAGUCGAUGCGCUGGCAGACGUUUAUGCGCAAAUGCGGCGCUUGUUGGUGCAUGACGUGGCAAAUACGUUAGGAGAAGACCGCAGGCACCGAUAUGAACUGAUGCUGCUGGAGGUGUUGGCCAUGUACGAGCACGAGCUCGUCGCGAAGUCGCUCAUUGCUAGCGACAUCUUCGAGUGCUCGAGAUACGAGACAGUGACGAUGUACCUGGCGUCGUGGCAAAUGCAGCCGCACAUUGAUCGCCAGCGUAUUGAAGAGCUAAUGACGUUGAUUCAGAACGACCAGCAUUAUCAGACGCGUCGACCACCGAAAUGA